UGUUUGUUUUUUGUUUACCCCACUGGUGGCAUUUCCCCGUGCCUGUCCCCCAGCUGUGCAGAAGCUGAUCUCCUUUGGGACAACCCAAGAUCGGAAAAUGUUCCCGUUCCACCACGCCCCGGACAGGCUGGGGGUCGAGAUGCCGGGGGUGCGGGGCAGCCCUGCCCUGGGGCCGGGCUCUUACCUGGGGCCGCAGGUGGUGACCCCUGGCCCUGGCACGUACCAGCCCAUCCUGGGGCAGGAGAGGAGGUGCCAGCCUGCCCGCGCCCCCUUCUCCUCCAGCAGCCCGCGCUUCCCAGAAAGGAUCCUGGAGAAGGAGCUGUUCCCUGG